AUGGGAAAGGAAAAGGCUCACAUUAACGUCGUCGUUAUCGGCCACGUCGAUUCCGGCAAGUCGACCACCACUGGCCACUUGAUCUACAAGUGCGGUGGAAUUGACAAGCGUACCAUUGAGAAGUUCGAGAAGGAAGCCGCCGAGCUUGGCAAGGGCUCUUUCAAGUAUGCCUGGGUGCUCGACAAGCUGAAGGCCGAGCGUGAGCGUGGUAUCACUAUCGAUAUCGCCCUCUGGAAGUUCGAGACCCCCAAGUACAUGGUCACCGUCAUCGACGCCCCAGGUCACCGUGAUUUCAUCAAGAACAUGAUCACUGGUACUUCCCAGGCCGACUGCGCCAUUCUCAUCAUCGCCGCCGGCACUGGUGAGUUCGAGGCCGGUAUCUCCAAGGACGGUCAGACCCGUGAGCACGCUCUCCUCGCGUACACUCUCGGUGUCAAGCAGCUCAUCGUCGCCAUCAACAAGAUGGACACCACCAAGUGGUCCGAGACCCGUUUCGCUGAGAUCAUCAAGGAGACUCAGAACUUCAUCAAGAAGGUCGGCUACAACCCCAAGCACGUCCCAUUCGUGCCAAUCUCCGGAUUCAACGGCGACAACAUGAUUGACGUCUCCACCAACUGCCCCUGGUACAAGGGAUGGGAGAAGGAGACCAAGGUCAAGUCUACCGGCAAGACCCUCCUCGAGGCCAUCGACGCCAUUGACAUGCCCAGCCGUCCUACCGACAAGCCUCUCCGUCUCCCUCUCCAGGAUGUGUACAAGAUUGGUGGUAUUGGAACUGUUCCAGUCGGCCGUGUCGAGACCGGUGUCAUCAAGGCCGGCAUGGUCGUUACCUUUGCCCCAGCUGGUGUUACCACUGAGGUCAAGUCCGUCGAGAUGCACCACGAGCAGCUCGUUGAGGGUCUCCCCGGUGACAACGUUGGAUUCAACGUCAAGAACGUCUCCGUCAAGGAGAUUCGUCGUGGAAACGUUGCCGGUGACUCCAAGAACGACCCACCAAAGGGUUGUGACUCUUUCAACGCCCAGGUCAUCGUCCUCAACCACCCAGGUCAGGUCGGUGCCGGAUACGCACCAGUCCUCGACUGCCACACCGCCCACAUUGCUUGCAAGUUCUCCGAGCUCCUCGAGAAGAUUGACCGUCGUACCGGAAAGUCUGUUGAAGACUCGCCCAAGUUCAUCAAGUCUGGUGACGCUGCCAUCGUCAAGAUGGUGCCAUCCAAGCCCAUGUGUGUUGAGGCCUUCACUGACUACCCACCUCUCGGUCGUUUCGCCGUCCGUGACAUGCGUCAGACCGUCGCCGUCGGUGUCAUCAAGUCCGUUGCCAAGUCUGACAAGGCUGGCGCUGGCAAGGUCACCAAGGCCGCCGUCAAGGCCUCCAAGAAGUAA